UUUUUUUUUUUGAGAAGUAAAGAUUAUAAGAGAGUAGGAAUUAAAGAAUAAGAUAUUUGAGAAUAGAUGAGUUGAUGGAUUGUGGAAAAAAAUGGAGGAAGAAGUAAAGUAUUUAUAGGAAUUAGGAAGCUGAAAGUAGCCGUUGGAAGAAAGUAGCCGUUUAUGGCCGUUAUGCACGAGCCGGGCCGUGCCUGGCGGGCCGCGUGCCGUGUUGGGGCCGUGCCUGACGGGCCGCAUGCCGUGCUCGCGGGCCAAAUGACCUUAUCUGCACCGUGCCGUGCCGUGUGUCGAUUUUUGAAAAUUUUGUUCACGGCGCGGCCCACGGCCCACUGUUGGGCCACCGUGCCGUGCCUAUAGCGGGCUCGUACCGGGCCGUGCCACCACCAUGCUGUGCCCAUGGGCCGGCACAGCCCAUGCCCACCUCUAACCCUGCCACCCUAGUACUCGUACUCUGUAUAACAAAGACAGCAGCAACCUUUUUCAAAUUUCAAACACCAGUCAAAAUCGCAGAUCAUCCCAAAAGUUAAAGAAAGCAGUGGUAUAGAAAACAGAAAGAGAAGCUUCUUAUUCCUUCAAAAUUCAAAAAAAAAAAAAGAAAAAAAAAAAAUGAGCACAGCAAAUAAUAAUCUACAACUCCUCCAUCUUCGCCACCUUCAAAUUCAAUGCCAUCGUUGCUCAUCCUUUUCUUUCUCAUGCCCUCGUUCAUCCUCUCAAUCUUCCUAUUCUCUUUCUCUCUUCCCUUCUAAAUGCAGUAUUUCUCUUUCAGGUUCAAAUUCUCUUACCCUAAUCCCCAAGAUUAUGAUAUGUGGGAGUUCUUGUAACGUGGUGGUUAAAUGUGUACCAAAAGAUUUUGAAUCAGAAUUCAAUGUUGUUCCUGAGGAGGUUGAGAAGACAGAAGACAUUUCCAAUAUCUUGAGCAAAGCAAAUUCUUUUUUGCCUCAUGUUGUGCUUGCAAGUACGCUGCUUGCUCUUGCUUAUCCUCCUUCUUUUACUUGGUUUACCAACAGGUACUAUGCACCAGCACUAGGAUUUUUGAUGUUUGCAGUGGGUCUAAAUUCAAGUGAGAAAGAUUUCCUUGAAGCAUUUAAAAGACCUGCUGCCAUUUUUGCUGGCUAUAUUGGGCAAUUUGUUGUCAAGCCUCUGCUUGGAUUUAUAUUUGGCACUAUUGCAGUAACAGUUUUUGGUCUACCAACUCCUGUUGGUGCUGGGAUCAUGUUGACAUCUUGUGUCAGCGGGGCCCAACUCUCAAAUUAUGCAACUUUCUUAACUGACCCUCAAAUGGCCCCUUUAAGCAUUGUUAUGACAUCAUUGUCUACAGCCUCUGCAACAUUUGUGACACCCCUUCUAUCACUGCUUCUCAUUGGAAAGAGAUUACCUGUCGACGUUAAAGGAAUGAUGACUAGUAUUAUGCAGAUUGUAGUAGCACCUAUUGCAACUGGCUUGCUUCUGAAUAGGUUGUUUCCUAAGGUCUGCAAGGCAAUACGGCCCUUUCUGCCUCCGCUAUCAGUUUUUGUAACAUCUCUUUGUGUUGGUGCACCCCUCGCUAUCAAUAUAAAUGCUGUUAUGUCCCCUUUUGGAUUGACCAUCCUUCUACUAGUAACUAUGUUUCACCUGUCUGCAUUUGUUGCUGGUUAUGUGAUGUCUGGUUUGGUAUUUCAUAACGCACCUGAUGCGAAAGCUCUCCAAAGAACACUUUCCUAUGAGACAGGCAUGCAAAGCAGUCUUCUUGGUCUGGCACUUGCUAAUCGGUUUUUUGAGGAUCCUGUUGUGGGAGUUCCUCCUGCUAUAUCUACUGUUAUGAUGUCUUUGAUGGGGUUCUCUCUUGUUAUGUUGUGGGCUAAGAAAAAGAAAUGAUAGUUUCAAGAACAAGUGCGAUCACAAGUUAUUAAAGAACUGGUGUGUUUGUAUCAACAUCUGGAAUAAGUAUACAAGUUUUAUGAUGUAGACGAAGCCCAUGCUGGACCUAUGAGUUCAGGGAGAGCCGGUGUAGCAGUGCUUCUGUAGUUUUGUAUCUAACAUUAGGCAUUAGUAACCAUGGUAUGAUGAUCGGAUUGUGGUCGCUAAAGUAGGUUUAAAUAGCAAAAUGUCUGAAAUGUUGGUGUUACUGUUUAUACACCUGAUAGUGUGUAGGUUUAGGCAAUGGCCUAGCAGCCAGAAUGGUAAGAAGAUUGGUAUAUAAAUGUCUGAAAUGUCUGAAAGUUUGUACAAA